AUGAAAAGGCCGAGUUAUUCGCGAAAAAAUGAAGAGGAACUGGAAGGAGAGCAUUUGCUGGGGCAGCCGAUGCAGCAACCGCACCAGCAACCAUCGCAACGACCGCUGGAGAAAGCAGAGCCAGUGCAAGGACGAUCUCGAUGGCGAAAUGUGGUGCGCGGAACAUUGCAUCGACUAAGGCGACUGAAACGUCAAGACAUACCUCAGCCGAUACAGCAACAAGCGCUGAAAUAA